AUGAUUCAGCAGAUGCUACUUGGACAAGCAAAUGGGCAGCUUGAGACAGCAAAGAAGUUGGCUGAGUUCAACCAGAGGCUGGAUUCUUCUUAUAAUGAUCUGAAUAUUAAGUUUGAGAGUUUGAAUUCUAAACUCAAGUUCAUGGAGAGCAACAUUGCUUCUACAUCAGCUCUUAAGCCAAACCAACUACCUGGUAAGGCUGUUCAAAAUCCCACGGAGUUCACAGUGAGGUUCAAGCUGGGGAGGAUUUGUCAAAAGACAAAGCUCAGAGUGAAGGUUUUACACAGCAAACAGAAAACGGAAUACAUCCCUCCUGCUUAUAAGCCUCCUCUACCAUUCCCAGGGCGUUUAAAGCUACAAAAACUGAAGGAACUCAGGGAAAUAAUUGAAAAGAAGGAAUUGACGGCUUUGAAAGAAGAGGUUCCCAUUCAGUACAAAGAAGAAGAGAGAGGACCUGCUUUGGAACAGUACUUUCAUUUCAACAAAUGCUUAUGUGACCUAGGAGCAUCUAUCAGUGUAAUGCCCUACUCCAUUGCACAGAAGUUUGGGCAUACUGACUUCAAGCCCAAUAACCUCUACCUGUGUCUAGCUGAUGAAUCACAUAAGGAUGUGGUUGGUAAGAUGGAAAAUUUCCCUGUGAAGAUAGGCAAGGCUAGAAUUCCUACUGAUUUCCUCAUUAUAGACAUGGAUAAUGAGUUGGAAGACCCUAUCAUCCUAGGAAGACCAUUCAUAGCCACUGAUGGAGCUAUAAUUGAUGUUAAGGAGGGAGGUCAGCCUUUUGUUCUUAAAGACAAGAGAGAUCAUGAGGUCUCAAGUGAAGUGGGAACUCCAAAAGCUAAGUUCUCUUCUGAUGAGGAUUUAGUUGAAAAGCUCAAGGGUUCAGUUCAAGAAUUGACUAGCUUGGUGAAGGAACUUCAGGUUCAGAUCAACAAGAGGUCCUUGAAGAAAGAAAGGCCAAGGUUCAAGCUUAAACAGAAACAAGGUUCAAGUUUAAAGGGUGAAGUGAUCAAGAAUCAGCUUCACAGUGAUCAAGUUACACCAGGGAGGAUCUCAUCACCUCAUUGGUCUCCAAACCAAGCCUGA